UAGGCAAAUUUAGAAAAUAAACCAGUAAAUGGCCGCAGACCAGAACUCAUGGAAUGCAGUAUAUGUGGUCAUGGUGAAAAAUACAGGGUGAAAACAAACCAAACAGUCCCCAUUGAAAAUGUGCAGUCUAAGGAGAAAGAAAGAAUGACCGGCUUAGAAGCAGAGAGGUGGGUCCACAACGAGAAGCCCGCUUUUGGUGUCCACGUCAACGGAGAUAUCCACGGAGCUGUGACAGGCAACGAAUACUUGAAAAACGCUGAAGGCGGUGAAAGAGCAGUCUCUCCCAGUCAGUUAGCUGAGCCAAAAAAAUCGUUUGCACAGACCAUCAAAAAUGGCAUAAAAACCCUACAUUAUUCACCACCGGAAGCGGUCGCUUCGCUGAAAAAAGUGUCCGUAGAGGAAAGGCUGGAUUUGACAAGCAACUCCCCUAUGCAAUGGAUGAAGGGUACCAAUCUGAGUAACAUAGUGAACACUCUGUCGGCUGGCGUUGGCUGCAUUCACCCAGAGAAACAAGGAAAUGUUUUAAUAAAGGAGGAAAACUGCACUUGCAGCAUCUUUGAGGAUUCUGAGCGGUCGGCGUUGCAGACAGGUUCUGUUCUGGAUCUUCAAGAAAGCUUGUGCUGUCCUCCCCUGCCCGAAGAGGAAGUGCAUGUAGGGAAGGAUGGCUUUCAACUACCCGACACGGAGACGCAGCACGAGGAUUCUUCACUCCAGCCGACUUUCUUGUCCCUAAUUAAAAACAGAAAUUUAACUCUAGAGCAGGUUGUAGCUAUUGAAGCUUUAACACAGCUAUCCGAAGCCCCGUUAGAAACAACUUCACCAGCUAAAACUGAAAGUACUGAAUGUGCACAAGAAAUGACUUCCAGCUUGCUCCACAGUUACAAAAGGGAUAUCUCAUCCCCCUUCACGUCUUCUGCGUUAAAAGAAAUCAAAGACACUUACUUACAGAAUGAACAACAGCUCUUGGCUCACUGCGCUCACGCGCAGAAGCAGCUCCCUACUAAGGCAGUAUUAUACAACGGCCAAAGUUCAAGUUCUGAAUUGCGGGAUAAACCCGCCAGCCUGGCUGGGGAAAUGUAUAAAUUACAGUUAUCUUCGAGAGAUAGCAAAACCUUAUCUGACUUAACAUCCAAUGCAAAAUCAUUUUCAGGAUAUACUGCCAAGAAAAAUUACGCUCAUGAUCCAGUCACCCUCGCACGGUAUUGCAAUGCUUCACGUAACGUCCAGCAAACAAGUACCAAGUUGGAAGCUCUCGGCCAGUUAGAGCAAAAGCCAACCUGUAAUGAGCCGAACUUGGAAGCUAGUGCUUUUAUUAAAGAAGGAGGAAUUCACAGCCAGGAUGAAGAGGACGUAGCUACACAACUAACUCAACUUGCAGCGCUAAUUGAGUCUAACCAAACAAACCCAGAGCAGAAGAAUGACAUAAAGGCAUCGCUGCUUAAUCUAAUCUCGCACGAGAGGCAGCCAAAGUAUGACCAAGAUGUGUUGCAGAAGAAAGAAUCUGUGUUUUUUAGGCAUAAUUAUAGUUCUUUACUGUUAAAGCAAAAACAACCAGCAAAUAAAAAAGGAAAUGCUGUGCCGUGGAAACCAAGGCACAAAAAGAAGCCUCAAGAAGCACGCUAUCAACAAAAUAAUCAAAACCAGCUAGAGCUGUUGUCGUGCCAGCAUAGUGAGUUACAGGACAUUUGGAUACAAUCAAAACUGCACAAGCUUGGUCAAACCAUGCCACAGGACUCCAGAGCAGCUCCGUCUGAAAAAAAAUCUCCAAGAACCAAAGUACAGAGAGCACUGAAUCAAAAUACUUUAGCAUCACAAGAGAAAACUAGAUUAUUUCUCCCGCAAACACAGAUAAAAUUCCAUAGAUGUUUACCUGAGCCACUGCAAGAGAAAAAAAAAGACAAGUUGUCUGGCAGCGAGACGGUGAAUGAGCAAACCAAAACUGCAGGCUCCGGUGACCCACUAGGCAUUGACCCACUGAAAAAUGAAGUUCUUGCACGUAACCAACAGAGCGACCUGUCCUCCUGCAAUCCUCUGGCCGUUUCACAGUUGAAAAUGGCAUCCUUACUGUGCAGGCCAAGUGAAAACCUACAGAUGUUUACAGAAAAAUGUAAUUCUCAGGUACAGCAAGCAGUGAAUGUCAGCCAGAAGCAUCCUUUGCCUCAAACUUCCAGUCAGUCUAACCUGAGAGCUAACGAAACGCGUGGUGAGGACAAAGCCGGUGUCCCGCAGGGUGCUCUCGAACAAGGGGAGCUGAAGCCGCCGAAGGUGCCGCCUGUUCCCUGUGGCGGGGCCCAGGCCCCAGGUGCUGUCGAAGCUCUCAGGAACAUGGAGUGUGCGGGCGAAGUGACUGUUCUCACGUCGACCGGUUUGGGUGCUGACCAUCCCCAGAGCGCAGGUGACUCAGGGUGUUCUCCAGCAAAAAACACGCUCAGCAGUUUCCUUGAAUCACCUAUGAAGUUUCUUGAUACCCCUACAAAAAAUUUAAUAGAUACUCCUACCAAAAAAGGACAAUCGGAAUUGCCAACUUGUGACUGUGUCGAGCAAAUUAUAGAGAAAGAUGAAGGCCCAUAUUACACACACCUUGGGACAGGACCGAGUGUUGCUGCUGUGAGAGAAAUAAUGGAGAACAGGUAUGGAGCAAAAGGAAGCGCUGUAAGAAUAGAGGUAGUGGUUUAUACGGGAAAAGAAGGAAAAAGCUCUCAAGGGUGUCCAAUUGCCAAGUGGGAGCCAGGAAAUGAGGUAACAGACACAAGCUCCAGGAGAGAGCUUGGAAAGAAUUGAUUGUCCUUAAUCUUUGCUGAAACCACCGAGGGAGGUAAAAAGUAGACUGGAAAUCUUGUAAACUUGAGUUUUGGAAAACAAUAAAAGAACUUGGUUG